AUGGCUAUCACUGAAGAGGAAGACCACUAUCUUCGAUCCGUCCGGAAAUCUCUACAGUCUUUAAAUGAGGCCGCGGAAAGAUGCCAUUCAACAUGCAUCGCUGACCGAGGGGACAAUAUAGAAAGCUGCAGUGCAAGACAAACGGCGCAAGACCACCUGGUCUUGGAGGCAUUCAAGUUCCUGCAGAUUGCGCAGGGCCCUAUAGAUGCUGCCGCAACAUGUUUUGAGAGGACAGCUCACCUAGGAAGCGUCCGGGCUCUUUUGGAGAUGGGUGUAUUCAACGCUCUCCCAACAGGAGGCGAGAUCCGGAGUACGGAAGAGCUGGCCAAAGAGCUAAACGUUGAUGAGUCUCUGCUGGCCCGUCUAAUGAGGAACUCCGCGUUGUAUGGACCCUUCGAAGAGACGGGACCAGGCCAAUACCGACAUACUCCGUUUUCAGAGGCCUACCUGCGGCCAGAAAUUCGGGGUAUGUUCCGUUUCGCGAUGGAUGAUCAUAUGCCGGCUCAUCUGAAACUACAUGAAUUCCUGAAAAGCAACGGGUGGAGAGCUCCGGACUCCACGACGAACAACCCGUACACGCACGCUCAUAAUACCAAUGGCAAGAGCAUGUUCCAGAAUCUCUGUGAAAAUCCCAAGCGAAUGGAGGCUUUCAAUGAUGGGAUGACAGUCCAGGCUAUGACAUCCUUGUGGAUGAUCGACCUGUUCCCUUUCCAGAAAAUUUUGUCCGAGAUGAGCCCAACUCCUAACACGACACUGGCCGUUGAUGUCGGUGGCGGUAAGGGCAAGGCAAUCAGCCGCAUCAGAUCACUCUGUGGUGAUCUUCCUGGUAGAUACAUUCUCCAGGAUCAAGAUCAUGUCGUCAAGAGCGCGAAGGCUACGCUCGAUGAAGGGAUUGAAACAAUGCCGCAUGAUUUCUUCAAAAAGCAACCUAUCCAAGGCGCUUGUACGUAUCUUGUGCGGCGUUGCCUGCACAACUGGCCUCAGGACCGUGUGAUUGAGAUCCUGAAAAACAUUGUCACGGCAAUGGAACCAAAUAAGUCACGUCUCCUCAUUGAGGAAAUUAUCGUUCCAGAGGAGAAACCAGGCAUUGAGGAAGGGUGGAUGGACCUCAUCAUGAUGUCCAUUGGGGCGAAGCAAAGGACUAUGAAAGAAUGGGAGACUGUUCUUCGUUUGGCCGGACUGGAGGUGAAGAACGUUUACCAACUCCCUGGAAACUGUCACGGCCUCCUUGAGGCCUGGCUAACCCAGUAG